UCUACGAAUUUGCAUGAAUUGAUUGAGGUUGGGAAAAAUCGAGGCUUUCUCAAUCUACGAAUUGCGGUUUCCACGAUUUGAACUGUGAUGCAGCCCCUCGUUGUGAAUAAGUAUCGCCUCGGUAGGAAAAUCGGGAGCGGCGCCUUUGGGGAGAUAUAUUUAGGAACUAAUGUAAAGACGAAUUUAGAAGUAGCUAUUAAGCUUGAAAGUGUGAAGAGGGAACACCUGCAAUUACUUCGCGAGGUGAAAAUGUACAAGUUGCUUGGGAGAGGAUGUAAACCAAUUAAUGAUCUUUCUGGGAUUCCGAUGGUUGAAUGGUUUGGAUUCGAAGGCGGCUAUAAUGUGCUUGUGAUUGAUUUGUUGGGGCAAAGUCUUGAAGACUUGUUUAGCUUCUGUAGUAAGAAACUGUCUUUGAAGACUGUUCUCAUGCUUGCGGAUCAGAUGAUUACUCGGCUUGAAUUUAUCCACUCUAGGGGUAUACUGCAUCAAGAUGUAAAACCUGAAAAUUUUCUCAUGGGAUUGGGGCGUCGUGCCUCUCAGGUUUAUGCCAUAGAUUUUGGCCUUGCCAAGAUGUAUAGAGACUCAAGUCAUCGGCACAUUCCUUUUCGUUCCAGAGGAAGUGAGCACUUGACUGGGACAGUCAGAUAUGCAAGUUUGAAUACUCAUGAGGGCUAUGAACAAAGUCGCAGGGAUGAUCUCGAAUCACUUGGAUUUGCUCUCAUGUAUUUCCUAAAAGGAAGCCUUCCUUGGCAGGGGUUGAAAGCUAGAACCAGGUUAGAGAAGCACAAUAAAAUCAAAGAGAAAAAAGUUUCUACUUCGGUUGAGUCUCUAUGCUGUGGAUAUCCUACUGAGUUUGCUUCUUACUUCCAUCAUUGUCGUUCGCUUAGAUUUGAUGAAAAGCCAAAUUAUGCCUAUUUGAGGAAGAAUUUCCGUGAUCUUUUCAAUCGUGAAGGUUUUCAGUUAGAUCAUGUAUAUGACUGGACAAUUUUGAAAUCUCAGGAGGCUGAUUUUGCCAGACCUCCAUCUCAUGCUCUUGGAACUGCUGCUGCAACAAGUUCAGCGAUGCAACCCCACAACAUUGGCAGACAACCAGGCCGGGAUGAAGAUGUUGCUUGUGGCUUAUCUGCCAAUGCUACUGGGAGCUUUUCUAGACAGAAAGAUGCAACCACAAAUGACAAAACCAUGACUAAAGAACAGCUAUCUAGCUCUAACCUCUUCGAGCAAGUUGGAACAUCAAGACAGCCAACUGUUUCCAGCAGUCGUGAUCUGGAGAGCUCUACCAAUGGUAACAACGAUCCUCCUUCGCCCCGGAUGGCAUCUUUUACAAGAAACACCUCGAACGUGAAAAGUUUUGAGCCCACGCUGCAGGGCAUAGCAGAUCUGACAAUCGGCCUGGAUGAGAAGAUUUCUUGAAACAGCACAGGCACAGAGCGAGCAAGACACGGGACGAAAGCACGGUCGAACCUUGUUAUGUUGCAUCAGCAGUUAAAGAGAAGAGGUGUUAGUCUCACAAAGGAUAUGCUUUGAUAUCUUGCUCACUUUAUAACUCUCUCCUCUCUCUUAAACUCUUAUCUUACUGAGAAAAUUCCCAAAAUUUUGUUUGGUUUGGUUUUACAUUAGUAUGAAAUUAAUUGGAUAUUACUAUGUUACACGGAAAGAUAAUGAUACUAUUUCA